UUUCAUCCCGGACACCAUUCCAGAGUCAGUUCGGGCAGACAUGGGAACAACACGUUGGAACAGUGGAACAGUCUAUCCGACAUAUCGUCAUAAAACGGAGCGGAAAAAUAAACCAGAGCAAGAGGAAUAGGAGGAGCGAGCGCCAUGUCUUCCUUCUACGUCCCCACGGGUCAACAGCGAUCCCUCCGCGCCUGCAUGGUCUGCUCCAUAGUGCAGGUACACAGCAAAUUCAUGCGCGAAGGCUGCCCCAACUGCGACCACAUCCUCGGCUUGGCUGGCAACGGCGAAAAGAUCCAACAAUGCACAUCGCAGGUGUUCGAGGGGCUGAUAACACUGGCAGACCAACGUGCGUCGUGGGUGGCGCGCUGGCAGAGGUUGGAGGGAUAUGUGUCAGGCACGUAUGCGGUUAAGGUUACGGGAACGUUACCACCUGGUGUCCUGGGUGAUCUUGAAGACUCGGGGGUCCGAUACGUUCCGAGAGACGGAAGCUCUGUUGAUGAGGAGGGUUGAUGGAACCUUUUUGUUCUCUUUUUGCUUUCUCGUCGAGGGAGUCUGGAUAUUUUGAUACGGUAGGACGGAAUUUAUUUAAAAAGUGGUGGUCUUCUUCAGACUGGAGUUUACGGCCCUUGGAAGAUAUACCUUGAUUGUUUUCUUUUUUGUUUCUUUAAUAGACGGCGUUGGUUUAGUUUUGAGUAUGACGGGCGAACUUUUUGAAACGAAUACAGCAUCUCCCGAAUUUCGAUUCUUACCGCGGAUUCGACAUGACUGGAUUUGGUGUCACAGAACACAAUAUUUGGACCACACGUUUAACUCCAGAAAAUUAAUUAUAGGUUUCAGAAAUCAUCAAAUAAACAAAAUUAAAAUUAAGGCAUCCAAUAAGGCCUCCUGGUGCGGCGUUGAGAUAUCUAACAACCAGACACACAGAACAAACGCGGAAGGGAAAAAGGAAAGAUAAAAUUAAUCGCCAAUAGGGGAAAACAACAUCCAAGGCCCAAUGCGUCUAAAAACUAAAAUGAGGUAACCAUGUCCAAGAAAAUUACCGUUGUACUAAACCAAGAAAUAAAAAUGAAAUCCUACACUAAUUACUUCAAGACUUCACGAUCUUCUCCAGCGACUCGAGAAGGAUAUCAGCUAUUUCACACACACGGUAUAUGUUAGCUUUGUUCCUGUUACCAACACACGAAGACUAGGGUAUAAAUAUCUUACCAUGAUGCUUCUGGAAGAUCAACAUUGGGCGAAGUCGCACAGCCCGCUCACCACAUCCGCCAAUGUUGAUCCCAACGCUCUUCCCCUUCGCCAGGACAGCGUCACGCCGUGGGCUAUCCCAGGCAACAAAAGUGCCCUGGCCCUUUCCUCUCAAAUUCUGGAACUCGUUGGG